AUGGCCGAGAGUUCAGAAUACUAUUCAUACUCUUACUACUCAUCCGAUGACUACGAUAUACUCGGUAAAGAGGCCGAAGAGGAGGAAGAAGAGGAGGAAAGUCAAGAUGAAUAUGAAGAUUGGAUUUCGCAGUUUUGUUCAGAAAAGAAGUUCAAAAACUGGUUUUGUCACGUUUCGGAAGCAUAUUUAGAUGAUCCUUUCAAUCUUUUCGGACUUCAGAACUUAUUUAAGCACUAUCAGAAGGCAUUAAACUGCCUUUUAGAUGUCGAAGAGGAAGAUAUGGAUGAAAAGUUAUAUUCAGAUGUACAAUUCACAGAAGAAAUUCAAAACUUGUAUUUACUCGUCCAUCAAAGAUACAUUCAAUCACCGGAAGGUCUUGCAGAAAUGCUUGACAAAUACAAUAGAAAAGUAUUCGGUACAUGCCCACGUGUUGAAUGCGAAAAGCAGGCCGUCAUUCCAUAUGGAAUGUCUACAAAUUUGGGUGUCUCCGGUUGCCUCGCUUUCUGCCCAAGAUGCCGCGAUGUAUACAUCCCAAAGGCUUACGAAGUAUCCAGAAUUGAUGGUGCUGCCUUUGGUCCUAAUUUUGCGGCAAUUUUAUUAUCAGAUCCAAGCCUCAAAUUAAAGAUUCCAGCUGUUAAGAACCCACCACUUACAAUAUUCGGUUUCAGAGUUCUCGAGAGCAGAAGAAGACUCGAUCGUACAAAAGAUCCAAGCCAUCUUCCAGAAUUUUCGGAUGCUUCUGAAUACGAAGAGGAAGAAGAUUAUGCAGAAGAAGAAAAUGCUCAAGAAGCUAAAUAA